AUGAGAUGUAAGUGUGGUAAAGAUGUUCGUUUGGAUAAGAAAUGGGAUCCUGAUUUGUUUGAAAGACAUAAUAAAGGCGGUGGCUGUAAAUAUAAUAAUGGUUUAUUAGGAAUUACCAAUUUUUUUAAAGAAAAUGAUAGUAAAACAAACAAAAGAAAAAUUUAUGAAGGGUUAACUGAUGAAGAAACAAGGAAUUAUCUUAAAUGUAUUGGUUUAAUAACAUCUUUUGGUGGUGCACCUCAUGUAGAAUUAGUUGCAAAAGAAACGUUUCCCAGAAAAUUUAACAAAAAAUUCACUUGGAAUUGUUUAAAUAAAUCAGAAAAAGAUAUUUUAAAUAAUGCUUUGCAUGAAAAAGCAUUGUGGAUAAAUGAUAGUAAUACAUUUUGUGUUAGAAGCAAUGAUUGUUCUAAAUAUAUUGAUAAUUGUUUAAAAAAAAUUACCUGCAAACCUUGUCUUGAUUUGAAAAAAAAUCAUGAAUUUCAAAUUUCUACAAGAAUCUCAGAAGGAAAGUCACUACAAAAUAUAAAAUAUCCUUCCCAAUUUACAAUUUUUUUAGCAAUAUUAUCAAGUACUAGUCCACAAGCAUAUCAUUUGUUUCAAGAAAAUCUUGCAGAAAGGUCAUUAAGAAAUCUCAGAACAAAUUCAGAUUUAUCAUUAAAUGAUCCCAGAAUAUGUCAUGAAAAUAUGCGCAAUUUUAAACAAUUUCUUGAUGAUGAUGAUAUUAGAAGUAUUUCAGAUAAUAUGGUUUUGGUUAAUAAUCAUUUUGUUGGAAAUAAUUUAUCAGAAGAUAUAUUAUUGAAGGAUAUAGAAAUAACUAAUAAUGAUGGACAUGUUAAUUUUUCAGCUUUAAUAGAAUAUUGUACUCAAAACAAAGCAUACACUUCUAAAAAUAUUUUAGUGUCACAAGUAGUUAACAAUCUCAAUAGUAAUGACAAUCAACCAAAAUCAUGUUUAAUAAGAUGGGGAAUUAGAAAGAGAUUAGACAAUAUAAAUCAAAUAACUCAAGAUAUUGGAUUGAAGCAACUAAAUUUAAAUAGUUCUGAAUCACCUUCUAUACCAGCUAUCACCAUUGCAAAUAUCUCAUCAAUAUAUCCAGCAAUUAAAGGAGGAUUUGCCUUUGCACUAAUUAAUUCUAAAAUCCAUCUUGUCCAAUUUCUAGCAUUAUAUUAUCACUCAACUACAGGAAAUUAUCAUUCUUAUGCAAAAGAACCAAUAACUGAUGUUGAUAUUAUUUCAAAUGUUUCCUGUAAACAAUGUCAAUAA